GCCCCCUCCCAGAUGUCGUUCGCCAAAGGAUUGUGGAGCUCGCCCACCAAGGGGUCCGGCCGUGUGACAUCUCCCGGCAGCUCCGCGUCAGCCACGGCUGCGUCAGCAAAAUACUUGGCAGGUAUUACGAAACCGGGAGUAUUAAGCCUGGAGUGAUUGGAGGAUCAAAACCAAAGGUCGCCACACCCAAAGUCGUUGAAAAAAUUGCAGAGUACAAACGCCAAAAUCCCACCAUGUUUGCCUGGGAGAUCAGGGAUAGACUCCUUGCUGAGCGAGUGUGUGACAAUGACACCGUGCCCAGCGUCAGUUCAAUUAACAGGAUCAUACGGACGAAGGUGCAGCAGCCACCCAAUCAGCAGGUUCCAGCCUCCAGUCACAGCAUAGCCUCCACGGGUUCUGUGACCCAGGUGUCCUCCGUCAGCACUGACUCCGCCGGCUCGUCCUACUCCAUCAGUGGGAUCCUGGGAAUCGCCUCCCCGGGCACCGAGAGCAACAAGCGCAAGCGGGACGAAGGUAUUCAGGAAUCUCCAGUACCAAAUGGCCAUUCUCUCCCAGGCAGAGAUUUUCUUCGGAAACAGAUGCGAGGAGACCUUUUCACCCAGCAGCAGUUAGAAGUGUUGGAUCGAGUCUUCGAGAGGCAACAUUAUUCUGAUAUUUUCACAACAACUGAGCCCAUCAAACCAGAGCAGGCAACUGAAUACUCAGCCAUGGCAUCAUUAGCUGGUGGAUUAGAUGACAUGAAGGCCAAUAUAACCAGCCCUACUUCUGCAGAUUUGGGAGCGAGCGUUCCUGGGCCUCAGUCAUAUCCUAUUGUCACAGGUCGCGAGCUGGCAAGCACAACCCUCCCAGGAUACCCUCCGCACGUCCCCCCUGCCGGACAGGGCAGCUACUCUGCUCCAGCACUGACAGGAAUGGUGCCUGGGAGCGACUUUUCUGGGAGCCCGUACAGCCACCCACAAUAUUCAACGUACAAUGACUCAUGGAGAUUUCCCAACCCUGGACUCCUGGGCUCCCCAUACUACUACAGUGCUGCAGCCCGUGGGGCAGCCCCGCCAGCGGCUGCAGCUGGCCACGAACCCCCCCGCCGCUGGGUGGAGAAGCUCCCUGAUCCUGGUGAGACGAAGAUCUGGCUGUAG